AAAGGGGCAAAGACAGAGGAAAAAAGCUCUGUUUUUUCGCUUUAAUCAAUGACUGUGGCCUGUCUCUCCCUCGCCUCGCACACAUGGCCUUCCUUCGACAUUCUCAGGUUAAUGGAAUCGGAAGGAACUCAAGAGAUUGAAAAUUGAAAAUCUCUUCAUCAAUUUCUCCAAUAUUCCCCCGCCAUACCCAUAACCCACAUCCAUUAAUGCUCCCUUUGCUGAUCCCCUUCCCCCAUUUCUCUUCUUCUUCUCUCCCUUUUCCACUCAUUCCUUCUCUAGGGUUUUGAUUUUGAAAACUAUACCCAAUCCCCACCCUAAUUACAUCCUUAAUUGUUCUCUUAUUGGGUGCUGUAGGAAAAAGGGAGCACCCCCUUCUCUUCUUCUGUACCCUCUGGGUUGAAAAUUCAAAGCUAUUUGUUCUGUUUUUGGCUUUUCUUUUUCCCUUGUGCCGGCUUGGCUUGUUGGGUUUCUUUUCUUUUCUGGGUUUGUUGAUUGGAGGGUUCGUCAGCGUGGUCAUUUCUUGCCUUCCUUUUUUCUGGGGUUUUCAUGUCGUUGAUCAUGGUGUAGAAUGUGGGAGAUCUGAUUCUGUUUUUGCCGAAUUCUGGGGGAUCCAUGUCUUGCUUUGCUUCCCCUUUACCGUGAUCGAGUUGUCACUUCAAUGGCGCCUUAUUAUUGACGUUUAUUUUCAUUUGCCUGCAAGUAUUAGUUGUCUCUCAUAAUGCAUUUCGCGAAGCUUGAUGAUUCUCCUAUGUUCCGCAAGCAGAUACAAUGCUUGGAGGAAAGUGCUGAACUAUUGAGAGAGAGGAGUUUGAAGUUUUUUAAAGGAUGUAGAAAAUACACUGAAGGACUUGGUGAGGGAUAUGAUGGUGAUAUCGCUUUUGCAAGUUCCCUGGAAACUUUUGGGGGAGGGCACAAUGACCCAAUCAGUGUUGCUUUUGGAGGACCUGUCAUGACCAAAUUUACAAUUGCGCUGAGGGAAAUUGGGACAUACAAGGAAGUCCUUCGUUCCCAGGUGGAGCAUAUGCUUAAUGACAGAUUACUGCAGUUCGUCAAUAUUGACUUGCUUGAAGUCAAGGAAGCAAGGAAGCGCUUUGACAAGGCUAGCCUUCUGUAUGAUCAGGCUCGUGAGAAAUUCCUGUCACUGAGAAAAGGGACUAAAAAUGAUGUCGCUAGUCUUUUGGAAGAGGAACUUCAUAAUGCAAGAUCUGCAUUUGAGCAGGCACGCUUUAAUCUAGUAACUGCUCUUUCUAAUGUUGAGGCCAAAAAAAGGUUUGAAUUUUUAGAGGCGGUGAGUGGAACAAUGGAUGCACACCUUCGUUACUUCAAACAGGGGUAUGAGUUGUUGCAUCAGAUGGAGCCAUAUAUUAAUCAGGUGUUGACUUAUGCCCAGCAAUCAAGAGAAAGGUCUAACUAUGAGCAGGCUGCUCUUAAUGAACGUAUGCAAGAGUACAAGAGGCAGGUUGAUCGGGAGAGUAGGUGGUCAUCCAACGGUUCCAAUGGAUCUCCUAAUGGAGAUGGUAUUCAAGCCAUUGGCAGAAGUUCACAUAAAAUGAUAGAGGAAGUCAUGCAAUCUGCUGCAAAAGGAAAGGUUCAAACCAUUCGACAAGGUUAUCUCUCAAAGCGUUCUUCAAACUUGAGGGGUGACUGGAAAAGAAGAUUUUUUGUUCUUGAUAGUCGGGGAUUGCUGUAUUAUUAUCGCAAACAGUGCAGCAAAUCAUCUGUGUCUGGAGGCCAACUGUCUGGUCAGAGGAAUAGUUCAGAGCUUGGUUCUGGCCUGUUGAGCCGCUGGCUUUCUAACCAUUAUCAUGGUGGGGUGCAUGAUGAGAAGUCUGUUGCUCAUCAUACAGUGAACCUACUCACUUCAACAAUCAAAGUUGAUGCAGACCAAUCCGACCUUAGGUUUUGCUUUCGCAUCAUUUCACCAACUAAGAGUUACACUUUGCAGGCAGAGAGUGCGCUAGAUCAAAUGGAUUGGAUUGAAAAAAUAACUGGAGUUAUUGCUUCAUUACUAAGUUCUCAGGCUCCAGAGAGGUGUCUUGGGGGUAGUCCCAUCGGAAGUGGUCAUCACCGGUCUACCAGUGAAAGUAGUUCUUUUGAAAGUUCCGACUUUGAUCAGACAGCAGCUGACGAAUAUACAUCUGAAAGAAACCUUAGUUCUUCUCAUAUGGAACGCCCUUUGAGAAAUUUGCAACAGCAACGAUCAGCUAUGAAAAUUGAGAAGCCAAUAGAUGUACUUCGUAGAGUAUGCGGGAAUGAUAAAUGUGCGGAUUGUGGUGCUCCUGAACCCGACUGGGCAUCUUUGAAUCUUGGUGUUCUUGUUUGUAUCGAAUGUUCUGGUGUUCACCGCAAUCUUGGAGUUCACAUAUCAAAGGUGAGAUCCCUUACAUUGGAUGUCAAAGUGUGGGAGCCUUCAGUUAUCAAUUUAUUUCAAUCUCUUGGAAAUACAUUUGCGAACUCGGUUUGGGAGGAGAUGCUGCAAUCCAGAAGCGCCUUUCAGGUUGAUCUUGUUUCGACAGGAAUGUACAAGUCUGAUAAACAGCAGAUGCUUUUCAUCAGCAAACCUAGUCAUUCUGAUCCAAUAUCAGUGAAGGAGAAGUUCAUUCAUGCAAAGUAUGCCGAAAAGGCUUUUGUUCGGAAACCAAAGGAAAAUCAAUAUCCUAAUUUGGUGGCGCAACAGAUCUGGGACGGUGUACGCUCGAAUGACAAGAAAGCGGUUUAUCGGCACGUUAUAAACUCGGAAGCAGACGUAAAUGCAGUGUAUAAGCAAAUGCCUUGUGGCUCUUUGACUCUUGCUAAAGUAAUGCUAAUGCAGGAGCCGGCUGGCCCCAGUGAUUUUGUUGAGAGAUCCACAAUCCCUUCCAACUCAGGAUGUAUGAGCGAAGGCAGCCAGCCUAUGGAGGAUCUAGACGGCUGCACGCUCCUGCAUCUCGCUUGUGAAACAGCAGACAUCGGUAUGCUCGAGCUCCUUUUACAAUGCGGCGCAAAUAUUAAUGCCAUCGAUUCCCGACAUCAAUCUGCACUUCAUCAUUGUAUCCUCAAAGGCAGAGCUGCAGCUGCCAAAUUGCUUCUUUCCAGGGGAGGGGAUCCACGGGCGGUAAAUGGGGACGGUAAAACCCCUUAUGACUAUGUGGGAACAGGGAGCCUUGAGGAUUUGAUGAAGAGAGUGAGGGAAAAUGAGGUGAGGGUUGGAUGGGAAGUGAGGCUUGGGAUUGCUGUUGGGGUUAUAAAGGCCCUUCAGUAUCUUCACUUUGAUUGUGAUCCUCACAUUCUUCACUACAACUUGAAGCCUUCAAAUGUGAUGUUGGAUGCUGAGUUUGAACCAAGGCUUGCUGAUUCUGGCUUGGCUAAGCUCUUCUCCAACUUGGAUAUGGCUUCUAACUCUGCAUAUACCUCCCCUGAGUGCUCUCAGGACCGCAGUUUUAACAGGUACAGCGAUAAGAGCGACAUCUUCAGCUUCGGGAUGAUUCUAGCGGUUCUAUUAACAGGCAGAGACCCAGCAGAUCCAUUCUUUGGAGAAGCAGCGAACGGAGGAAGUCUAGGCCAGUGGUUACGACAAUUGCAGGUCAACGGGGACGUUCGAGAAGCGCUAGACAAGAGUAUCAUAGGGGAAGAAGGGGAAGAAGAUGAAAUGCUAAUGGCUGUGAGGAUUGCUGUUGUGUGCUUAUCAGAUCAGCCAGUAGACAGACCUUCCAGUGAUGAGUUGGUACACAUGCUAACACAAUUGCACAGUUUCUGAAACCCCAUCCAAUUCAAACUCAGCCUCUCUACACCUUCAUUUCACUGCUUUUUUUUUUUUUCUUCUUUUUUGGAAUCUCAAAAGAAGAAACUUAUUACUGUAAAGUGGUGUUGACCUGUCUGUUGAUGAUGUAAAAGAAGCUUUUGUGCAAAGGAAAAUUCCAUUUUGAUAGUA